GGAUCGUAUCGUUCAGUUGCUUUGCAUCAGCUGUUCAGAUAGGUUGUUUUCUGUUAAAGCUCAAAGUCUUUCUACGUUUCUUUGUUCUGUUUGGAUAGUCUUUGUGCAGUCAUGACUUUUCCCGACGUAGCAGAUGGGUCCGUGUGCCACACCAAAAGAACCCCCCUGAAGGUGGGCUGGCUUCUCCGCGAGUCCGUGCGGCAGGCCCUGGCCGAGAAUCGCCUGACGUGCGGGGUGUACGAGUGCGCAAAACUCCUCAAGUGCCGCGCAGACAAUGUGAUGCUGUGCGUUCUGCCAGAAGCCGGCAAUGCCAAUGACGUCACAGUGCACAUCAAGCACACCCUCAUAGAGGCUUUCUGUUGGGAGAACGACAUCAAGUUACUUAAGGUAACGAGUUCCGGUUCACUGGCAAAUAUUUUACAAGAGAAGGAAACGGCCAUUUCCUAUGACCAUAACGAUAAUGCCACGCCGACUCCUCCCCGAACAUCUGCAGGCUUUGAUGUCAGCUGUGUCCUCGUUGAGUAUCCCAAGCUUGACAAGAGCGAGGAGGACGACGCCAUAGCGGACUACUACAACACCGUCCUACUCGGGGAUGUCUUCCCGAAGCCAGUCAUAGAGCUGCCGGAGUGAAAUCGCGUCAUCAAAACGAGAACAGUCACCUCAUUCAAAACCAGGAUUCCCAUAACCUGAUUUAGCCAGAUCACUGCUGUGUGAUGUCACAGUGAAAAAUCGCUGAAAAAAGACGAAAAUCGUCUGUUAUAGUUGAUGACAGACGGACUGGGAUAACACUCACCGCGUGGUGAGUGUGUGGCUCAAAACCAGCGAGGAGAAAACACCAGCAGAGGUGGACAGUAAUACACAGACAUAGAGAUGAGAUGUGUGCUGGGCCUAUGCUGUACGCCAAUCCCGCAGAAUGUGUGUGCUCGACGGUAGCAACCCAGCGCUGGUUGUAGUCAACAACAACCAUUGUCAGCUCGUUAACACGACACAUCUGUGAACUGUAUAUACGUGUGUGUAUAUAUAUAUAUAUAUCUAUAUAAAUAUAACGGCUAACGAGUAUCUUUAAAAUAGGACAUGUUCAUUUGAAUAACGACAAUGUUGGUAAGAAGAGUGGUAUUGUUAAGUUUUAUUCAAAUAAAAAGGGUCGUCAAGGAAUCCCAUUUUUUAUGGAAUGUUUCAUAGCUACAAUUUUUAAAAAGAACAUAUUUUUCGAUAUUAUGCUUAGUUUUUAACAUAUUUUAACAACACCACACAUGGACUUUGAUCAUCGUUGUAAACAGUAUUGUUUGUUCAAAACAAGAUAUAUUAUACUAUUUAUUUAGACUAUUUGUGUUUAUUGCUUUGGAUUGAUGAAAUUUGAUGCAUUGACCAUACAGUAACCAUUAUCAACUCAAAUGAUACGACUCGUUGGUGAACUGAAUGUCAUAACAUCUUGGGUGUCGUUACACUUGAACACAAAAACACAAACAAAAACAAACAACUGACAUAGCUCCACAUUGUAAAGAAAAGCAUCGGUUGUCCAGAACGUUAUGAAGGAAAUGUAUCAUGUUGUUUGAGUCUUUGUGAAUAAACAUAAUUAUUAUUAUUUA